AUGAGAUAUGCAUAUCAGGUACUUCCUCCCAUCCUUGCUGGGCUUGCGCUAGACCGAGCGGCGAAUGGCGGCAAGGGCACGAGUGCGGAUGCGAUUGAGUGGUACCACCAAUUGGCAGGAAAGAGAAAAUAUGAUGAAGUGAUCGCCCAGGUGGGAUUGGCGCAUGCUGCGAUCCACACCACCGAAGACUUGCCAUUCAAGACGCUUACCCAACUUGCCGAACACCCAGAAGUUAUACCACAAGUACAGAAAGAGAUUGUGCAUGCGAUUUCAACGUAUGAAGACGCCAAACCGCCCAACGGGGCUACCAUCCCCAAGGGGUCCCAGACCUUGGUCAUCACGGACAUCAGGCGCAGCAAGAAGACCUACGAGAACUCAAAAUAA